GUUGGCCAGCCCGCCAGCCCGUCACCGGCCCCGCCGGCAUGGCGCUCCCGGAGCUGCUCUCGCGCCUCCGCCUCGCGCCUCUCCAACAUCACCUGCGCCGCUCUCUCUCCGCCGUCGCCCCUCCACCGCACGAGCCGACCCCUCCCCAUCCCGCCCCACCGCCACAGCCGGCCUCCAACAAGCACAAGCUCUUCGUCGCCGGGCUCUCGUGGUCCGCGGACGAGCGGUCGCUGACGGACGCCUUCUCCUCCUUCGGCACCGUCACCGAAGUGAGAAUAAUGUAUGAUAAAAACUCUGGAAGGUCAAGAGGCUUUGGUUUUGUCCAGUUCUCAAAUAAUCAUGAGGCUAUGUGUGCCAAGGACGCUAUGGAUGGAAAGGUAAUGCUGGGGCGGGCAUUACGAAUAAGUUUUGCUCUUGACAAAGUUCGUGGUGGUCCAGUUAUUGUUCCACGACUUCCCACGGCAAAACAAGACGAGUAAAAGAGCUUUGACCGCGGCACGGACAUACCAGGAGGCUAAAGAAGGAUCCGUAGGCCAGGGUUCGGAACCUUCCCAAGUAGGCGUCGGAGAUGAACGCGCCUAGCAACGGCGCAAAGUUCAGUGUGCCGUAAAAGAUGUUGGUAAUGUUUGCUGCCGCGAGCUGCCCAAUGUUGUAGCGCUUGACAAGAUAGACCGUGAGAUUUGCUGCCACCCCAACUGACCCCACCUUCUCAAACGUCUCGGUUGCUGCAUGGAAAGAAAGUGUGAGGCUCAUUUCUUGCCUAUGCUAAAUAAAUAGUUGCCUGGUGUUAUGGAAA